AUGCCAGGGCCUCGGUUCCAGCGUCCACAUUCGGCCCUCUCCCCAUCCCUCAUGUUGGCACCCUUACCAGCCCUCCUGAGACUCCUGCGAAGGCUACAGCAGACGCAGCUGGGGGGCUACAAGCAGAGCGACCUCAAGGAGCUACUCUUCACCAAGAGGCUCCGAUUCGAAGGAGCCUCCGAUUCCUCCUCGGGGGCUGGGAGCAUCUCCGUCCCCCUCCCCUCUCUAUUUGGGAUACCCAAGUGGGGCAGCCCCAUGGGCUCUGCCGGGGUCCCCCUGCUGCUGCUGCUGCUGCUGCUGGUGGGGGCGCUGUGCCGGAUCGCCGGAAGCGAAGGGGGGAAGGAGCCCCCCGCCCAUUUCUUGCACCAGGUGAAGGGCGAGUGCCGCUUCCUGAACGGGACGCAGCGGGUGCGCUACCUGCAGAGAAGCAUCUACGACCGGCAGGAGACUGACCGCUUCGACAGCGAACUCGGGAAGUUCGUGGCCGUGACCGAGUUGGGGCAGCCCGAUGUCGACCUGUGGAACAGCGAUAAGGGAAUCCUGCAGGACGCGAGGGCCGCUGUGGAUCGCUGCCGGUACAACUACGGGGUUCUCCAGGGGAUUCAUGUGAUUGGCCGAAGAGCCAAGCCCACCGUCACCAUCUCCCCCACCAAGGCGGACCCCGCGUCCCCCAACACCAUCCUCCUCUGCACCGCGACGGGCUUUUACCCCCUGGAGAUCAACAUCCGGUGGCUGAAGAACGGGCGGCCGGAGAAGGAGGGCGUCGCCUUCGGGGAGGAGCUGCAGAAUGGAGACUGGACCUACCAGCGCCAGGUGAUGCUGGAGACCCGGCCCGAGCGUGGGGACGUCUACGCUUGCCAGGUGGGGCACGCCAGCCUGGAGGCCCCCAUCACCAUCCAGUGGGAGCCACGUUCCUCCAACUCUGCCAGGAGCAAACUCUGGACGGGGGCCGUGGGGGCCAUGCUGGGGGUGGCCUUCCUGGCUGUGGGGCUCUCCCUCUACCUGAAGAGCAAGAAAGGUGAGUCUUUGGGGCUGGAUAAGGAGAGAUGGGGAGGGGAUCAUCAACCUCCAUCCAACAACCUGCAGCGAUCUUUCAAACUUACGAUGGCACUGAAAGAGCAGGUCUAUGACCGGUCCUCAAACUGGCAGCUGUUCCAAUGUCUCCAUGGUCGCGUGAUUGCAAUUCCAGUGCUCCGCACCUGGCACACCUUCACGACGGUUGCAGUGCCCCGUGGUCGCGUGGUCGCCAUCCGCGACGGCUUCACAGAUAGCUUCCACAGAGCAAAGUCACCGGGGAAGCCAGCAGGAAGUCGCCAGUGGCGGUGA